UUGAACUAGAUGAUAUGGGUUGCCAUUGCCUCUGCUGAUACCAAUAUAAUGUGGAUUUUGUUCUAAACUUGGGUGUAGGGGAGACUGUUGUAAUAACCCUUUUUCUCGAAGCGCCAGUCUUGCAGUGGCAGCCGAGAUGGACAAGAUGACGGCACCACGCGGCGCGUUCCUGGACGUGGAGCCGAGCCUGCUGACGGAGCGUCUGUCGGUGAUGGGCGCGCCGGCCGAGGAGCCGCUGGACGCGCUGACCAUGCCGGCCGAGGCGGCGACCAGCCAGCGGCGAGCCGGCGCGCUCGAGAUCCGGCCGCAGCCGGCCGUCUGCUGCAAGACGCGUGAUAGCCACGGUGGCAAGGUGUUCGUCAACGUCUGCACCAGCACUGACAUCCCGCCGCCCAAGGAGCUGGACGAGCAUGAGCUGCGCCAGCUGCUGAUGGACGAGGAGCGCGCCGCGGAGUUCCGCGUGCCCAUGAGCCUAGGCGAGGCACAUAAGGAGCUGGACAAGGCUGGCGGGCCGUGCGUGGCUUACGACGUGGUGAUCCAUCCUCGCUUUCACGCGCAGGUGGAGGCCAGCCUGCUCUUCAAGACGUUUUUCGUGACAGUGAUGAUCGAGGCCAUCGAGGGUAAGUUCGGCGUCGAGCUGGACAAGAACCAGUGGACCACGAUGCGCAACAAGCUGUACCUGGGCAAGAUGCCGCGUCACUGGGUGCGGCGCGGUGACCUGCCUAUGGUGCAGGAAUGCGCGGGCACCGAGCCGGCGCCGCCUGCCAGCCGCCCCUUGAUCUCGGAGCUGGAGACGCGCCGGACGGCGCCGGCGCCGCGCGCGCCACCGUACCAGCUGGAGCAGCGCGCUGACGGCCGCCUGCUAGUGCUGUUCGAGCUGCCGGCGGCGGUGAUGGCGCCGGCGCAGCUCAGUCUGGAGGUGGGAGAAGACCGGCUGGUGCUAGCGGCCGAUUCCGCCUGCCUUCUGGCCGACGUGUUCCUGCCGGGCCCGCUGGAGCCGGAGAGCGCACGCGCCGCCUUCUGCCCCGCCUCCGGCCGCCUUGCCGUGUUGGUUAGCCGGGCCGUCUGAGCCUGGGCUGACCGGAGCAAAGCUGGCACGCGAGUGGGAGGGGCUGUGGCUUGGACGUGCACCGACCCGUCGCUGCCGACCGCAGGUGGCGCUGUGGCAGACGGCGCCAGGCUGAAGAGGCCGCUGGUGUACCCCGUUCGUACGUUAGGAGAAUGGAGCGUGUCAAAGCUGAGCAUGGAGACAUCACCACUGAGCACUCAAAAAAAGCGACUAGAAGGUGUCGCCACAUCUUGUGCAUGUCGGCCCGAGCACUACCUACGCUGGAUUGCGUUCGCUCACACCCCAUGUAGGUGUAAGUCUUAAUGCCAGUAGCGUUGCCUUCCAGUUGCAAGCUUUCGAAAGCGUGGAGGUGAUAUAGCCUGCCGUUGGAUUGUGUUGUUUCAUUGAUGUUAUGCACCAGUGAGGCUGCAAAUAUAUUUUUUUAAUUGUUU